AUGCCAUCCUCCUCAACCACGUCUUCUUCAACAGCAGUAACCUCAGGAGCAGCAACACCCGCAACCAUCACCCAUUCCCAUGUCAUCAGUCAAGCAACCGUCGAAGCCCUUGGAGACUGGCUCCUCGAAUCGGCUUCUGUACAAUCGGUCCCUGCAGCACAGGAACAGCGUCGUCGGCAGAGUUACAAGACGAGUUCAUUAAUCAAUAAGUCUUUGAAGCAGACCCAGGAGGAGCGCCGCAAGAUUGCCCUUGCUGAACAAGCCAAGAAACGAUACCAAUUCACAAACCACGCCCGGAAACUGGCCCUCUUUGCAAAUGGACAACCCUCAGGAGAAUCCUCUGACUCCGAUGACGACGACGAGGACAACGACGAGGACGAUGAGGAGGAAGAAGAGGGCGAUAACGAUAAGGAUCAGGAAGAAGAAGACGACGACCAGAAUCCACUCGGAAAGAAAAAGAAAAAGAAACGAUCCAACAAACAGCCCCCGUCGCCGUCAUCAUCGCCCACAGGAACAGGAAUCGACCUUGGAGGCAGUGGUGGCGGCGGCGCGGCCAUGACGUCUCUCCACAAAGCACCGCCACCAAAUCACAAGCGGCGUUUGAGCUCUGGAUCAGAAUCGGAAGCAAAUGCAGGAGGGAAGAAGAAGGACAAGACUGUCGAUGCGCUCUCGCCCAAGAAGCCUCGGUUACAGAAGAACCCACCCAAAUCUCCCAGGAAACACAAGGAUCGCAACCCAUUCAGGGAUCAGAUGAUGAUGCCAGAAACCAUGACAGACAUUCCUACAGACCUCGACACAAGCUACUACAUCGUCCCACUUCCAAUCGGCCACCGCUGCUUUGUGAUUUCUGCAGACGGCAAAACAACAGCCCGUUUACCCUCGGGUCAGUUGCUGGUCGCUGCUUUUGAAUCGUGUCUCCCCGCAGGUUCCAAUCAGUACCGUGACAACAGGAGGUCGGACUAUUGUAUUCUGGACUGUGUGUAUUCCUCUGUCACUAGGACCUUCUGGACGAUUGAUAUCAUGUGCUGGAGGGGUCAUCCUGUCUACGAGUGCGAGACCGAGUUCCGGUUCUGGUGGUUGAGGGGCAAACUAGCCGAGAUUGAGAGUUUGCAGGGGACUUGGAUUGCGAGUCAGACAAAGGAGUGGGAGCAGGAGCAGGCCAAGAAACGACAAAAAAAGGCGAAGCAGUUGAAAAGGAAGCAGGAGAAGGCGGCUGCAGUCGCGGCUGCAGCAACCAUGGAUGUUGCGCCGACAAAGUACUCUAACGGAACGACACAGGAGGAAUGUGAUGAUGGCGAUGAUGAGGCAGGAACUGAGGGUAUGGAACUGGAUCCUACCCAGACGGGUGCGGGACCUUUAUCGGCGCCACGUAGAUUUUGGCCGAUCGUUUUUACGCCUCUUCCGUACUUCAAUGCGUCCAUUGAUUUGGUCCGCCUGUUGGCCGAGUCGAUGCAUCAACCCACAACACCAACGACCAUCACCACACCACCGCUGUCGUCACAUUCACCAACGACAGGUCAUGUCAAUGGGAAUGGAGCAACAGGAUCUAUGCAAUCGGCAUUGGCACUUCUGGAAUCUGUAUCUCUGUCGUCAGCAUCCACGUCUUCAAAGCCUUCAGGGCAACUCUCGUCAAUUGCUGCACCACCACCGAAACGAUCAACACCUGCGACCACCUUUGCGAUCAAAUCACACCCAACCUCAAUAUCUAUUCCUUACCCUGCGAACAGCAACGGUGUAAAGUCCAACGGCGCACACACUGCCUAUUCGUCAAUGUCUUCAUCGCCUAUCAUGAGCACACUUGGAACAAUGGCUCUUUCGGGCGAAAUUGCAACCGCAGCAUCCCUGUUCCCCGCCCACGACACUAAGCAGAAAAUCCGACAGGACCAGACACUCUUACACGAACGCGCCGCAGGAUUGGUGUUCUUCAACAAGAAAACCAUGUAUGUCUUAGGAUCAACUCCACUCUGUGGAUGGGUGGCGAUGGACCAGAUUGGUGAUGUCUUCUUUGAUGAUGAGGGUGGGGUUGGUCCUGUGCCUGGUACUAGUGCGGUCGAAGGCCGGGAGAUUGAGAUGGAGGAUGCUCUUGAGCGUAUCCGCAUCUAG